GUGGUGGUCGCUCCGGUCAACGUUCGGCAUCCUCCGAGGAGCAUGUUGGUAGCGAGCAGUCGUCUGUUCGCGCACUGUGAUGUCGUAGAUAUGGACUGUAACGCUGGCAGUAACAGUAACGGCAGUGGCAGCAACAGUAACGGUGCUAACGGUGUCGGCAGCAACCUCUUCACCCGCCAGCACUCACUGACGGGCGGUAACAACGGGUACUCCUUGCUGUUGGCAAGCGGUUCAUCCAUCGUGCCACCGGCCACCAACGCUACCUCCCUCCGGUGCGACAAGGUGAACGGAAAUACGUCGAUUCUGGCCAGCAAUAGUGUUGUUGGUGGAGGAGGAAGUAGUAACAAUAUUAGCAACAUUGGUGGUCCAUCGUCGGGUGGGUUGGUGACGUUUCAACCGACGUUGAUUGGAGCACCGUCGGCAGCGCUUAAGACGUCCUCACUAACGUCAUCCGCCAUUUUGUUCGGUGGAAGUAGUGGGAAUUUGAGUAGUAUCGCGGGAAAAUCGACCGCCGGUACGCAUAAGUGGAUCGGAUCACUGUGUGAUGGUGCUACCUCGAUCGGGUACAGUAGCGGUAGCAGUGGUAAACUGAAUCAACAGUUACACUUCCAGCAACAUCCGCAACAGCAGCAGCAACAACAACAGCAGCAAUUGCAUUUGUUACAGCAGCAACAGCAGCAGCAUCAGAACAAACAUCAUCAUCCUCAUCUGUCGCAGCAGCAUCAUCAUCAUCAUAGCUUACCGGUGACUAGUAGUGGGAAUACUGUUGGUUCCAACAUGCUCGACAGUCUCACGUUUCGGUUGUGCGAUGUGGACGGUGCGGUGAGUAGCACUAUGUCCAACCCGAACGGUGCCGUUGGUGGUAAUGGAGCAAACAAUGGCGCUUCCACUAAUGGAAGUACGGGCGGCGGAAGCAUCUUGAUGGUGGUACCAUCCCAAACCGGGAGCGGGAAACAGUCACAUUCCUCGGGUAUUAAUGCCGGCGGUGGGGAAAGACUUUCCUACGCCGCCCACGAUCAUCAACAUCAGCAAAAGAUGGUGGCCCAACAUCACCAUCAGCAGCAGCAGCAACACAGCAGCAAUACUAGUAGUAGCAGUAGUAAUAAUAGUGCAGCAAUUGCGGCUGGCACUGACGUACCGAUUAACUAUAGCAAAAUGACGCGCAUCAGCAAAAUGGGACUUAGUGCGGAUGCGGCACAUCAGCAGCAUCAUCAUCAUCACCAUCAUCAUGAUAGUUCGGCGUCCGUUUCGAUCCUCCCGACAUCUUCGUCCGCUGCGGUGGCACAACAGCAACAGCAAGUGCUCCACAAGCAGCAGCAACAGCAGCAUCAGCUACAUCAUCUUCGUAGUACGGUCGGUGGAAGUAGUGGAAAUGUCGCGAAAGGGAACGAUUCUUCAGCGGCCGUUAGUUACUGUAAGGUAACGCGAAUCGGUAACAUAACGCUACUCGAUCCGGAAGAUCAAAACAUGCUACAGACGCAUAUGCUGGGGAACAGUAGUAAUAGCAGUACUACGGGCGGUAGUAGCAGUGGCAGCAGCAGCAACAACACGAUCAAAAAGGAUGAGGUGAGCCUAACGAAGGUGGCAAAGUUGGGACAUUCGGUUGAUCAGAAGGUGUGUGAUUUGCAGCAACAUUUUAUACAGCAUCAUCAGCAUCAGCUACAGCAAAUGCAACAUCAGCAGCAACAGCAGCAGCAACAACAAGUAUCUCAAAAGCAACAGCAAGGAAAGGACCAACAGCAGGGUAGUAGUAAUGGUGGCGAAGAGGUACGAAUAACGGAAAGUUUGGCACCGUUCGAGGUGUUGCGGCUGUACAUGGACAAGCUGACGCAGUACGAACAUCACGAAAUCUACAACUAUCCGCGCAUUUACUUUAUCGGUGCAAAUGCAAAGAAACGGCGUGGUGCUGGCAAUUCCGAUUACGACAACGAGCAAGGUUCGUACAUUCAUAUCGCACACGAUCACAUAGCGUACCGGUACGAGGUGCUAAAGAUUAUCGGCAAGGGUAGCUUCGGGCAGGUGGUAAAGGCGUACGAUCAUCGCAACUUUCAGCACGUGGCGCUGAAGAUGAUACGCAACGAGCAGCGAUUCCACCGGCAAGCGCAGGAAGAGAUCCGCAUACUGAAGCAUCUCCGGGCGCAGGAUCGCUACAAUUCGAUGAACAUCAUCCAUAUGUACGAUAGUUUUGUGUUCCGUAAUCAUAUGUGCAUCACGUUCGAGCUGCUGUACAUCAAUCUGUACGAGUUGAUAAAGAAAAAUAAAUUCAAAGGCUUCAGUAUGCAGCUGGUGCGGAAGUUUACGCAUUCGCUGCUCAAGUGCCUGGACGCGCUGUACAAGAACAAGAUCAUCCAUUGUGAUAUGAAGCCGGAAAACAUACUGCUCAAGCAGCAGGGCCGUUCCGGCAUCAAGGUAAUCGAUUUUGGUUCUUCCUGCUUCGAGAACGAGCGUGUCUACACGUACAUACAGUCGCGGUUUUACCGUGCGCCGGAAGUGAUUCUAGGUGCUAAGUACGAUAUGGCGAUCGAUAUGUGGUCUCUCGGAUGUAUUGUGGCGGAGCUGUACACCGGAUCGGCACUGCUACCCGGUGAAGACGAGUACGAUCAGAUGGCUUGCAUAAUCGAACUGCUUGGGAUGCCUCCGCUAAAGUUACUGCACAAUGCUCGGUGGCCAUCGAGAUACUUUGCGUACGAUGGGGAUGAUCAGUUCCCGCACUAUUGCUCGCUGAGCUUCCGCGAGGAUGGGCGGGAAGAAAUACAGGGCAGUUACAGUAAGCGGGGACGAUAUCGCGGUGCACCCGGCACUCGGGAUCUAGCCAAGGUGCUAAACUAUUGUGACGAAUUGUUUUUGGACUUUGUAAAGCACUGUCUACGGUGGGAUCCUAAGCGACGCAUGACACCCCAGGAAGCUCUCAAUCAUAACUGGUUCCACCGGAUGUUGCCACAGUCGCCGCAGGUCGUGAAGGUUAGUGAUGGAGGAGGUUCCGAGUCGGCUGCUUCCACCACGGUUAGCAGCGGAGGGACGACGGCCGGUGGGAGUUCGUCCCAUUCGACGGCCACUUCGAUCAGCAAACAGCUAAGCUCGUCUAUGGUUAGCGGUGGUGGUGGAGUUGGGCUCGGUGGAGGCAUGGAAAGCAAUCCGGGUGGAAGUCUAGCGGCUGCUGGUGCCGCCGGCAUUGGAAGCAUUUCGAUGGGAUCCUAGCAGAA